CGCCAUCCGGAUCAGCCGGAAAGGCCGGCACACGCUCCUGAACUUCUGCUUCCACGCGGCUCUGACCUUCACGGUGUUUGCGGGCGGCGUCAACCGCAGCAAGUACCCAGUCCUGUGCCAGGCGGCGGGCCUCCUGCUGCACUACGCCACGCUGGCCAGCAUGCUGUGGAUCGGGGUGGCCGCCGGGAGCAUCUACGAGCAGGUGACCAGGAAAGCGCCCCCGUGCCCGGCCGCAGACCAGCCGCCGUACCCCAAGCAGCCCCUGCUCAGGUCCUACCUCAUCGGCGGAGGGGUUCCCUUCAUCAUCUGCGGGGUCACAGCCACCACGAACAUCGGGAAUUACGGCGUGGACAAUGAGGACGUGCCCUACUGCUGGAUGGCCUGGGAGCCCAGCCUGGGUGCCUUCUACGGGCCGGCGGCCUUCAUCGCCCUGGUCACCUGCGUCUACUUCCUGGGCACCUACGUCCAGCUGCGGCGGCACCCGGAGCGCAGGUACGAGCUCAGGCUGCGGACGGAGGAGCAGCAGCGGCUGGCGGGGCCCGAGGCUGGCCACCACCCCGGGGCCCGGCCCGGCCCGCUGCCCGCCCGCGACGGCCUGGCCGCCUCCCUGCUGCAGAACGAGCACUCGCUCCAGGCCCAGCUGCGGGCCGCGGCCUUCACGCUCUUCCUGUUCACGGCCACCUGGGCCUUCGGGGCGCUGGCCGUGUCGCAGGGUCACUUCCUGGACAUGGUCUUCAGCUGCCUGUACGGCGCCUUCUGUGUGACCCUGGGGCUCUUCGUCCUCAUCCACCACUGUGCCAAGCGGGAGGACGUGUGGCACUGCUGGUGCUCUUGCCGCCGCCGUGGGGACGCGCACGCCCCGCAGCUGGCCGCCCGCCCCGCACUCGACGCCAACGGGGCCGCGAUGGGCCACGUGGCCUGCCUGCAGGACGCGCCGUGUCCGGGCAAGCCACGGGGCUUCGGCCACCCGCCCACCAGCCACUGCAAGAUGACCAACCUGCAGGCCGCCCAGAGCCGCGUCAACUGCCUGUCGCCGGCCCCGCCGUGCUGCGCCAAGACCCCCUGCGAGCAGCGGCUGGAGGACGCGGCCCACGUCCACGUGCACGAGGAGGACGCCUUUGGACACGAGCCACACCUGCACAGGGGCCUCCAGGCCAGAACUCAGCCCCCCUACUUCAGCCGGCACCGGACGGCCCUGGAGGAGCCAGAGUACGCCUACCACAUCCCGUCCAGCCUGGACGGCAGCCCCCGCAGCUCACGCACAGACAGCCCCCCCAGCUCGCUCGAGGGCCCGCUGGGGGCUCACACGCUGGCCUGCUGCACCCAGGGCGACCCCUUCUCCCUGGUCAGCCGGCCCGAGGGCAGCGACAGCAGCCCAGUGCUCUACGGCUGCCCCCUGAGGCCGGGCAGGGAGUCGGCCUCCGGCCCCGUGCACUUCGAGAUGCUCCGGAGGACACAGUCCCUGCCCUUCGGUGGCCCCGGGCAAAACGGGCUGCUCAAGGGAGACCUGUGUGAAGUCCUGUCCUUCAGUGCCAGUGGCAUCGGCAACAUCAGGACAGGGCCUUGGAGGAACGAGACUGCGGUGUAG